AUGCAGACCGGUGAAUCAUCGGUCUCACCCAAAGCAUUGCAUGCAGAGCAAGGUUCAAGCUCCGACGGACCAGGCGACGAUUUCUCGAUAUGUACACAUGAGGGGACACGCGUACGCAUGCUUAACGGCCUCGACGUGUUCAACGUAUUCAAGGUCACGAUGCUGGUGGAGCUGAAUAGUACUUCGUUCCUCUUCAGCGAUGAUGGUCGAUUCUUUGUUGCAGCGUUGAGCAGUAUGAGCUCAGGAUCCUUGGUGAUCCAUGGACUGCUCGUUCCGCCGCGCUGGAACCUGAUAAGUAUGUUCCCGCGGCCAGUUUUCGAAGUCAUAAUGGAAUUUCUGGAGUGGUUUCAGAAUUGGGUUGCGGGGUUCAUUUACUUAGCGCUUGGCGUGAUUCUCCCCAAUCUGGCGAGGUGUAGCGCUACCAGCGUUCAUUCGGAGCGGACGCUGAGCGUUGCGAACUGCUACGAUCUGAAUAUGAGAUUCGGCCGUGCAUACAUGUUCUUCUCCUAUGUCCUUUGGCCAGUUGCUCUUCUAUCGGGUAUGGUUGCGCCAGUGUUAGUUUGGUUGCCCUUGCUGUAUGGGGACGGCUUUGCGAGGCAAAUGCACAUUGGAUUUUGGACUACAUUCAGCGUCUUCACUUGGUCCAUCGGCAUGCUCUUCACUGUACCUUCCAUGGUCGAAGAAAUCGGUAUAAUAGCCGUGCGUAGAAUUGUCGACGGGGUCGUUAAGCAUGUGGCCGACAUGCGUACAACGCCAAACCAGUGGCAAAAGGUGCUGGACUUAGUGAGGGCGACCGUUUUUUUGGUAGCGGACACCUUCGAUUGGAAGUGUCUGGGGCGUUUGAUCAUAUUUCGCGUCGCCAUGCUCUUCUCGCUCGCAAUUGGAUUCGGCUUUGUUGGAAUCGCCCACUCAGGGGAAAUGUCCAGAACGUGCGCAAUAUGUUUUGGUGUGUUGGCAGCAAUUUGCGGCUGUGUUAUUCUAUUACGUGUGGGGCUCAUCAAAGAGAAGUGUAGUAACAAGCGGCCUGGCUCUAAGAAUCGUACGGCAGAAUUGCUCCAUGUAAUGGUGGAACAGGAAUUGAGACAUGAUUCGGAACCGACGGCCUUCCGUCAGUUGUCGUUUUACCUCAGAGAGCGAACGAUUGGCAUAGAGCUGUUGGGUACUCGAAUAACAACUGAGUUUGUAGCAAAUGCCGCAUUACGAACAUGCUUUUACCUUCAGCCGCGGUCGCUGUCAUUGAAGGCGUAUGGUGCAUUGGUGCCAUUGAAGACAUCGGUCACUAUGAUAUGA